ACAAUGAUUUCAACACCAACCGACCCUUUAUUAUGACGUUCGCUUUUGACUUGAUCACAAUCAAAGUGUUAAGUGAUUUAGUAAGAUAAGCUAAAUGCCGAUAAAAUCUCAAGAUAAUGAGUUAAUACUACAAAACUUUGUUUUUCUCUUAAAUAUGUUUUGCUCUACGGCAGUGAUCACCAAAGUGUGGGUGGCGACCCCACGUGGGGUCGCCUUAAAUAUUUCUGGGGUCGCCGAGUGCCCAUCGUUGUCUUUUCUUUUAUUAUUUUUAUUAUGUGUGUGACUUCUCGGCUUAACGCUAGAUAUUUCAAACAAAAAAACGAAUAACAAGCACGCAGACAGAUAAUAUCAAGAGCAAUUACGAUCAAUCAAUUAUGACAUCAUAAUCACAAAUUUAGUCGGUGUGAAAAACAGCGUUCUAUCUGAACUUCUAUGACACAAAUACACAACAGUGUGCAGUCUGCACUGUUAAGUUGAAUAACGCUCAAUAGGCUAGCAAGUUUCGAUAUUUCGAAUUGAAGUGACUUCUUUUGUAAUAAGGCUAUUGCGUAACGACAGUAAUUUAUAUUUUAAAGUAAAUCGUUAGUAUGUCGUUAAAUGUACUGUACAGUGGCCGUUGCUUUUAGUGCAAAACCUCAUUUUCCAGGCUACCGUCAUAUUGAUAAUUACAAUUUAUUAAAUGGCUGAUAAACAUAAAAGAAAAAUAUCGUAUGAUCAAUCUUUUUGAAAGCUUUACUUUUAGUGCUAUUAGUCUGCUAAAUUCAAAGCACCGAAAUCGAUUAAACGAUAAACGUAGAACACGAUUUGCGUUUGAGCUCAAGCCACGAAUGCAAGAUCUCGUUGGAAGGAAGCAGUCGCAUUCUUCACACUGAUUAAAUAUGGUUGUUGUUGGGUUCUUUUAAUAAAUUUCCUAAUUUGAUAAAUAUUUUUUUCGUGUCUGUAGGUGAACAUAUAUAUAUAACUUGCGGUCGCGAGUGCUUAUCACACGUAAUAAUAUUGUAGAUGGGGUCGUGUCUCAAAAAGUUUGAAGACCACUCCUCUACGGGAUGAGCCUAUUCCUCCGCUACAUUCUUUGCUAUAUUGAAGUCGUUUUAUUUGGGAAAAUGAUACUCCACAGCCGCCCGGCCUGGCGCACAUGCGCCGGUGUAGGGAUUGUUUCACAAUGUGCCUAGAGCCAGACGUGCACGGAAAACCGUUCUCUGUAAUUGCAACGAAACGUCGCGUGAAAGUUUUGGUAAAUGACUAGUAUCAAGUUCUGAAAACGCGAUGAUAACAAUAAACCCUCUGGCAAUGAUCUCAUACACAACGAUGCUUGACUUCACACAGUGCAGAUAUGAAGCGUAGUUCGUAUCUUAAAGUAAGAAAAUAUGCGUUUGCUGGAGGCGUAGUAUGUAUUUUGCUGUAUUCUGUGUUGAAUUAUUACAAGAUUAAGCCCUAUCAUCGACUGAAAUACACAUGGACAUCAAAAGACGAAUAUCUGUCUUCACUUCAAGAAUCAAUUGCAGUUCGAGAUGGAGACUGUAAACUUCCUGACGCCGUUAUCAACGGAAAACCAUGGCAAAGUUGUUACGAAAAAAUUGAAUGGAUGAAGGAGUUGUGGCAGUCGGAUGAUUGCUACGCAAAACACGGUGUCAAUGGAAGUAUAUGUUCAAUUUUAGAAUAUUUAUCUGCGAAGGAAAACUACUGUCCACAAACUAUAAAAGAAUCUAAAACUCAAUCAGAAGAUGAUUUCACUUCUACUGCUCUCACAACUCCAAGGAAAAAUCUCACCGCAAUCAUUGACCUUUUUGAAGGAAAUGAAGAUUUUACUUGGAUGAAAAAUAGAAUUGCAUCAAUGGAACAACUCUGGAUAAAAAGCGCUUCGACAUUUUUUCAAACAAAGCUCAAAAUCCCUUUGCAUAAGAAGAAAAUUCAUGUGCAUAUUGGAUUAAUGGAUCUUGGAAUCGGAAAAAAUGCAAUGAGUGGUGGACCACUAGGAGAAUUGGUGCAAUGGAGUGACUUGAUAUCAAGCUUGUAUAUUCUUGGUCAUGAUAUAGUUAUCACUAGCACAAAACUUGACCUUUUUUAUGCAUACACAGAAUACAAGUCUAAAAACUCGAACAUUGAAUGCUCAGUUCUUUCCAGUCACUAUGCGUUUCCGUUCGAUAUUGUGUAUACCGAUGUACGGGGAUAUAAACUUUUUGCAAUGAAGUUGCCAAAAUUUGCAGCAAUAAAAUGCCGAUUUCGCAUAUUAGACAGUUUUGGGACGGAAGCCCAAUACAAUAUUGAACCAACAAGUAAAGUUAAUCCUUUUGGUGGUUUGAAUCUUCAUCUGAAACAGUUCAACACAAUGUAUCCUCACACUCCCGACAAUACAUUUCUUGGUUUUGUGGUGGAGAAUCCUGUUUUAAAUGAUGUCAAUUUUCAUGAAAAACGAGAUAUAGUAUUAGUAUAUGGCAAAGAUGGUAAUUUUUGGGCUGGAUUAAAACCGUACUUGGACGUAUUACGCAGAUAUGUAUCUGAAAUCCACGGAACUGUUUCAGGGCAUACGAACGAUGUGCCGUACUACGUCAUCAAUCAUGGCAUACUUUCUCUCAAUGAACUGUACAAGCUUUUGCAGAGAACAAAAUAUUUUGUUGGAUUAGGCUUCCCCUUUGAAGGACCAGCUCCCUUGGAGGCUAUAGCAAUGGGAGCAGUAUUUUUAAAUCCAAAGUUGAAUAAGGUUAAUAGAAGAAAAGCGAAUGAAUUUUUCGAAUCAAAACCUACUAACAGGGCAUUAACAUCUCAAAAUCCGUACGCGGAAAAGUACAUUGGAGAACCACAUGUCUACACAUUGGAUAUAUCAAAUGAACAAGACGUUCUGUCAGUACUGAAUAAAAUUACUAGUUUUAAACAGCCUAUGCCAUACCUUCCAUACGAAUUCAGUGCUGAAGGGAUGCUGGAAAGAGUAUCUAUUCAUAUUGAGAAACAAAAAUUCUGCAGUUCAGUCAAAACAUGGCCGCCAAUAUCUUCAUUAAAAAUAGCUAUCGCCGAUAAAAGCAACUGUGACGACGCGUGUAUGAGAAUGGGACUGAUUUGUGAACCAGAAUAUUUCCCUUUCAUUAAUACGCCAGACACAUUUGAAGAAGUUGGCAUGCCAUGCAAACACGAACAUUAUACCAAUAUGCCUUUCAUGGUUUACCCAGCAUAUCACGCUCACGAUGCAGCAUGUUGUUUUCAAACAUCUAAUUUACAGUUCAGCUGUUCGGAAGAGAACAGAGAUUUUGUAAGGUUGUGUCCAUGUCGGGAUUAUAUAAAAGGACAGGUUGCUUUGUGUAGAAAUUGCACAUGAAUAAAAUAUGGUCAUAAGAA